GGCUCGGCGGUGGGGGCUGGGGCGGAGAGCGCCCGGGGUGGGGACGGAAGGGCGGCGGACCGAAGGCAGGAGGCUGUCGGGGUGCGGGCUGCUGCGGGGAAAGGGACGACGAGGCGUCCGCCGCGGCUCGCUCUGUCCGCCCGCACGGGAUUGGGGCGCGAGGGCCAUGGGCGCGCGCCCCUGAGGCGGAGGUCACGGGCGGGAGGGGAGGAGGCCCGACCGAGGUAGCUGCGGAGGCCGCGGGCCGGUGACUGGGCGCGAGGCCGGCAGCGCCGGCCCCACCACUGCCAUCGCCACCGCCGCCACCAUCACCACCACCAUGUCGCGCUCCGUGCUGCAGCCUAGCCAGCAGAAGCUGGCGGAGAAGCUCACCAUCCUCAACGACCGGGGCGUCGGCAUGCUCACGCGCCUCUACAACAUCAAGAAGCAAGGACAAGUUUGGAAGGCUUGUGGAGACCCCAAGGCAAAACCAUCCUACCUUAUUGACAAAAACCUGGAAUCUGCUGUGAAAUUCAUAGUCAGAAAAUUCCCUGCUGUAGAAACUCGCAACAACAAUCAACAGCUUGCACAACUGCAGAAAGAAAAAUCAGAGAUUCUGAAAAAUCUGGCGUUAUAUUACUUCACAUUUGUAGAUGUUAUGGAAUUUAAGGACCAUGUUUGUGAAUUGCUGAACACUAUUGAUGUUUGCCAAGUCUUCUUUGACAUUACUGUAAACUUUGAUUUAACAAAGAACUACUUAGAUUUGAUCAUAACAUAUACAACGCUAAUGAUACUGCUGUCUCGAAUUGAAGAAAGGAAGGCAAUCAUUGGAUUAUACAACUAUGCUCAUGAGAUGACCCACGGAGCAAGUGACCGAGAAUACCCACGCCUUGGUCAGAUGAUUGUGGAUUAUGAAAACCCUUUAAAGAAAAUGAUGGAAGAAUUUGUGCCCCAUAGCAAGUCUCUUUCAGAUGCACUCAUUUCUCUUCAGAUGGUGUAUCCUCGAAGGAACCUUUCAGCUGACCAGUGGAGAAAUGCCCAGUUGUUGAGUCUCAUCAGUGCCCCCAGCACAAUGCUUAAUCCCGCACAAUCCGACACUAUGCCUUGUGAAUAUCUCUCGUUGGAUGCCAUGGAAAAAUGGAUUAUCUUUGGCUUCAUUUUGUGCCAUGGGAUCCUAAAUACUGAUGCAACAGCACUGAACCUUUGGAAACUAGCUCUUCAAAGUAGCUCUUGCCUCUCUCUCUUUCGGGAUGAAGUUUUCCACAUUCAUAAAGCUGCAGAAGACUUAUUUGUAAACAUUCGAGGCUAUAAUAAGCGUAUUAAUGACAUAAGAGAAUGCAAAGAGGCAGCUGUGUCACAUGCUGGGUCAAUGCACAGAGAAAGACGCAAGUUUUUAAGGUCUGCACUGAAAGAAUUGGCUACUGUCCUCUCUGAUCAGCCUGGCUUGCUAGGUCCUAAGGCACUUUUUGUUUUUAUGGCAUUAUCCUUUGCCCGUGAUGAGAUUAUCUGGCUACUUCGUCAUGCAGAUAACAUGCCAAAGAAGAGUGCAGAUGACUUUAUAGAUAAGCACAUUGCUGAAUUAAUAUUUUAUAUGGAAGAGCUUAGAGCACAUGUAAGGAAAUAUGGACCUGUAAUGCAGAGAUAUUACGUGCAGUACCUUUCUGGCUUUGAUGCUGUUGUCCUCAAUGAGCUUGUGCAGAAUCUUUCUGUUUGCCCUGAAGAUGAAUCGAUCAUCAUGUCCUCUUUUGUUAACACUAUGACUUCUCUAAGUGUAAAACAAGUUGAAGAUGGGGAAGUAUUUGAUUUCAGAGGAAUGAGAUUAGAUUGGUUUCGAUUACAGGCAUAUACUAGUGUCUCUAAGGCUUCACUUAGCCUUUCAGAUCACAGAGAACUUGGAAAGAUGAUGAAUACAAUAAUUUUUCACACAAAAAUGGUAGAUUCCUUGGUGGAAAUGUUGGUGGAAACAUCAGAUCUCUCCAUAUUUUGUUUUUAUAGUCGUGCUUUUGAGAAGAUGUUUCAACAAUGUUUGGAGUUACCCUCUCAGUCAAGAUACUCAAUUGCAUUUCCACUACUUUGCACUCAUUUUAUGAGUUGCACACAUGAACUGUGUCCAGAAGAGAGACAUCAUAUUGGAGAUCGCAGUCUUUCCUUAUGUAAUAUGUUCCUUGAUGAAAUGGCCAAACAAGCUCGAAAUCUCAUCACUGAUAUUUGCACAGAACAGUGUACUCUUAGUGACCAGUUGUUGCCCAAGCAUUGUGCCAAAACCAUCAGUCAAGCAGUGAAUAAGAAGUCAAAAAAACAGACUGGUAAGAAGGGGGAACCUGAAAGGGAAAAACCAGGAGUUGAAAGCAUGAGGAAAAACAGGCUGGUCGUGACCAACCUUGAUAAGUUGCACACUGCACUUUCCGAGUUGUGUUUCUCUAUAAAUUAUGUACCAAACAUGGUGGUUUGGGAACAUACUUUUACCCCACGAGAAUAUUUGACUUCUCAUCUGGAAAUCCGCUUUACUAAGUCAAUUGUUGGAAUGACUAUGUAUAAUCAAGCCACACAGGAAAUUGCAAAACCAUCAGAACUUCUAACAAGUGUAAGAGCAUACAUGACUGUGCUCCAGUCAAUAGAAAACUAUGUGCAAAUUGAUAUUACAAGAGUAUUUAAUAAUGUUCUUCUUCAACAAACACAACAUUUAGACAGUCAUGGAGAACCAACCAUUACAAGUCUGUACACAAAUUGGUAUUUGGAAACUUUGUUAAGACAAGUCAGCAAUGGUCAUAUAGCUUAUUUCCCUGCAAUGAAAGCAUUUGUGAAUUUACCUACGGAAAAUGAAUUAACAUUUAAUGCAGAGGAAUAUUCUGACAUAUCAGAAAUGAGGUCAUUAUCAGAGCUGCUUGGCCCAUAUGGUAUGAAGUUCCUAAGUGAAAGCCUUAUGUGGCAUAUUUCAUCACAAGUUGCUGAACUUAAGAAACUUGUGGUGGAGAAUGUUGAUGUGCUAACACAAAUGCGGACCAGCUUUGACAAACCCGACCAGAUGGCUGCCCUCUUUAAAAGAUUAUCGUCUGUUGACAGUGUCUUGAAGAGGAUGACAAUAAUUGGUGUAAUUUUAUCCUUCCGAUCAUUGGCACAGGAAGCACUCAGAGAUGUCUUGUCCUACCACAUUCCUUUUCUUGUCAGUUCAAUUGAAGAUUUCAAGGAUCACAUUCCAAGGGAAACUGAUAUGAAGGUUGCAAUGAAUGUGUAUGAAUUAUCAUCAGCUGCUGGAUUACCUUGUGAGAUUGAUCCUGCCUUGGUGGUAGCUCUUUCCUCACAAAAAUCAGAAAACAUAAGUCCAGAAGAGGAAUAUAAAAUUGCCUGCCUCCUCAUGGUCUUUGUGGCCGUUUCUUUGCCCACACUGGCCAGUAACGUGAUGUCUCAGUAUAGCCCUGCUAUAGAAGGGCACUGCAACAACAUACAUUGCUUGGCCAAAGCCAUCAACCAGAUCGCUGCAGCUUUGUUUACAAUUCACAAAGGAAGCAUUGAAGAUCGGCUUAAAGAAUUUUUGGCGCUUGCAUCCUCCAGUCUACUGAAAAUUGGCCAGGAGACAGAUAAAACAACUACACGAAAUAGAGAAUCUGUUUAUUUACUGCUAGAUAUGAUUGUGCAGGAAUCCCCAUUCCUGACAAUGGAUCUUUUGGAAUCUUGUUUUCCUUAUGUCUUGCUGAGAAAUGCAUACCAUGCUGUCUACAAGCAAAGUGUUACAUCCUCUGCAUAAAAUACCUACUUAUUGAAGACAAGCACGCAUUUUUGUUGCCUCUGUUUUACCUGUAAACUGUGGAACUGUUAGACCUGAAAAACAGUUUUGUGGAUUAUAAAUUUCUUUCAUAUGGUUGUAUUUUCUGAUCAUCAGUUUCUUAAUAUGGUUGUACUUCAAUAUACUUGGUUGAUUUAGGUUGCACAUUUAUGGAAUUCACUGAAAUUAUUCCAAUAAUUUUAGAAUAUCAUUUGUUUGAAAAACAUACAUUCUCUAUGUUUUUGAUAUUUGAUAAUGAAAAAAAAAUCUUUGCUUGUUUAUUUCUGAAAAAGAACUGUAUUUAGUGAUUAUUUUAGAUAGUGAUAUCAUAGCAUUCAUUGUGUGUAAAUUAUUUCAUAUAGGGAAGAGUUCUGACCUGUACCUACUAUGGUUCUUAUUGAAAACAAAACUGGAUGUGCAUUUCUGUGAUGUUAUGAAUACAUUUCUACUUUAUUUUGAAACAUUUGCCAAACUAAUUACUAUAACACUGUAUAACAUUAAAAGUGUUCAUGGACUGCUUAGCAUUAGAAGCAGACUGUGUCCCCAGAUUCUAAAACAGCAGCAAAUGUUGUUGCCUGUAUAAAGCCUAAUAGUAAUUUUUAGACUAAUUUCCACAGUGCCCUGUUGGCAUUAGCACCAUUGCACCCUGCUGUAUAAUAAACAAUCUUAGACAUUUAUCAACUGUUGAUACAAAUGUUAGUCCCUAACCACUUUUUAUAUGUUUUAAAUUUUUGAAAUUCAAGUGUACCUGCCAUAACAAAAUAAACACUAGACUAUCACAUUUUGAAUGAUUUCUUUUUGGGAUCCUCAGAAAUUUAUUAAGUAAAAUGGAAGUUUUUUUGUUUAAACUUAGUUUAAAAUAAACUUUAGUUUAUUUUAGAUAUAUCUAAGUAGCACAUUGAUACUAGGUCACCUACUAUAAGAUUUGCUCAAAUGUUUUGAAAAAUAUUCCACUAGAAAAAAUAUUAAAAUCAGAAAAUAAAGUUGCAUAACAUUUUUUAAAAAUUAAGAGCUAAAAGGAAACUGAUGUGCCAUCAGCUUAUUAAUUUUUAUCAGUGAGAAAAUGGACAGAUUUAUUUGAAAGAUUAGGGGAAAAACAUGGGGUGAUCACAGAACAAGUGAAAAUGUUGAAAACUGCUGUAUCAGUCAGCAAUGAAUGGGAAAGACAUAAAGAGCCUAUUGCUUGGCAGUUGACAGGGAAAGCAGAGCACCUCAUUUAAUUUCAAAACUAAGUGGAUAUUUUGCUCUUUGAUUAGCGUUAUAAAGACUUUUUCUCAUGAGCUGCGUAUCUGGAUAUCAUAGAGCUUCUGUUGUUCACAGCUUCUUAUAUAUACACUGGUAACUUGUGUUAAGAUAAAAGAAAGCUACUGUGAACUUAGUUAUAAUUUUUUUGUAGUUCAGAUACUGGAAUGAAAUUGAAGUGCCACAAGACAAUAUUUUGUUAAUGGUUUCUCCAGUUUAUAUUUAAAACAGGGAAUAGUUGUCACUAUCUGUUGAAAAUUUCCAAUGGUAAGGAAUUUUUUAAUGAAAUAGUUUUAGACUUGAAAUAACCUAAAUACACAGUAAGCAGUUGAAAGUAAGAUUAAAUGCUGUUUGCUCUGAAAUACUAGGAUCCUAGAGCGGUAAUAACUUGUCAGCAGUAAUAUCCUCAAAGGUAAAAUAGGCAUUUUGAGUAUAUAUACUUCCAUUGGGCCAGUAUGUGGAAGGGUUAAGACGUUAUAUACCCCUCUUCAGGUGAAGAAAAAAAAUCACUCUUUCAUAGUCCUGUCAAGUUUAUCUUGCCCCAGUUUUUUUUUUCUCAUAUUCCUAAACUGACUGACUGGUGUACUAUGGGAUUGUUCUUUGCAGAGAGCCUUUCUACCCCUCCCCCCAAACAAAUUUUUAAAUAAAGUUAAAAGUAAAUUGACAACUACUAUUUUUAACAUCUUGUUUGUCUUAACUUUUCUUAUUUUCUUCUGAAUUUAUACUGCAGCAUACUGUUGUUUUCUCUACAGUAAUGUAAUCAUAACAUAUAUACUUAACUGUAAUCUAUUUCACUCAAGUAGAAAAAGUCUUCGAUAUUUGAUAUUCUUUUUAAUGCCUCUUUGUAUACCAUAACUAGUUUAAAAGUUUCUUUUGGAUGAACAUUUAGGCAGAUUUCUUUUUCAUUACAGGCAUACCUGGGAGAUAUUGUGGAUUCAGCUCCAGGCCCCUAUAGUAAAGUGCAUAUCACAAUAAAACAAGUCACAUGAAUUUUUUUAUUUUCCAGUGCAUAUAAAAGUUAUGUUUACACUACAGUGCAUUGUGUUAACUGUGAAAUAAUAGUAUGUCUAAAAAAACACAUAUGUUAAUUUAAAAUGUUUCAUUGUUAAAAUAAUGCUAGCCAUCAUCUGAUAAUGCAGAGUUACUACCAACAUUCAAUUUAUAAAAAAUGCAGUAUCUGCAAAGUGCAAUAAAGGAAAGCGCAAUAAAAGGAAGUAUUCCUGUAUUAUAAAUAAUAUCCUGGUGAACUUGGGCUUUUAUCUCCUUAGCAUAAUUUUUUACAAGUAAAAUUGCUUGGUGGAAGGGUGUAUACAUUUUAAACAUAUUAAAUUUCCCUCCAGUGAGAUUAUAUCAGUUUUACUCUUACACUUGUGUAUUUCAGUAUAAUUUCCUCCUAUGGUAAACUGUUGAUAUAUACCAAUUUUACUAUUGUUUAUGCAGCUUUGCCUCUUUAAAAGAUGAAACAUAAAUGUUUUAAUUUGCAUAUCUUUGCUUAUUAGUAAAGUGGAAUAUCUUUUUUAA